AGGUGAUUCACUUCCUCGAAGCUUCAGGUUUAGAACUCAGUGCUAAAGUAUUAAUUACGAUGUUUCGCCAGUGGGAGGCAGCAAACCGUGCCCAGUUUACCCGGAAGAAGAACAAGAAGAGGAAGAAGAAGAAUAAGAAAAAGAACAUGAAGAAGCAGCAGCAGCAGAAGAAGAACUAACAGAAGAAGAAGAAGAACUAACAGAAGAAGAAGAAGAACUAACAGAAGGAGAAGAAGAACUAACAGAAGAAGAAGAAGAAGAAGAAGAACUAAUAAAAGAAAAAGAAGAAGACGAAGAACUAACAGAAGAAGAAGAAGAAGAAGACGAAGAACUAACAGAAGAAGAAGAACUAACAGAAGAAGAAGAACUAACAGAAGAAGAAGAAGUCGUCGUCGUCGUCGUCGUCGUCGUCCACGGUGUUUUCCUGGGUGGAUGGCCUUCUCUAAUCCAGCUUGUGAAAACUGCAUUGAACCGAGACGUGGGAUAAAGUCAGUGAAAUGUACUACUGUUUGGAUUUGAAACAGUGACUGAGACAGGCCCAAAAGAGAAAUCCACUGUUCCCCUCCCCGACCUCUCGUUCCUGACCCUCUUUGAAACACAUCUCUCACCAUGAAUGAAGUUAAUAUAGUCAGAGAGGGUUGGCUCCACAAAAGAGGUGAAUAUAUCAAAACAUGGAGGCCCAGGUAUUUCAUCCUGAAGAGUGACGGUUCCUUCAUCGGCUACAAGGAGAAGCCAGAUCUAAACGACCAGACUUCACCACCCCUCAACAACUUCUCAGUAGCAGAAUGCCAGUUAAUGAAGACAGAAAGACCCCGGCCCAACACAUUUGUCAUCCGUUGCCUACAGUGGACUACUGUCAUUGAACGUACCUUUCAUGUGGACAGCAAUGAGGAGAGAGAGGAGUGGAUGCGGGCAAUCCAGUCUGUGGCAAAUAGUCUGAAGAUGAGAGAACAGGAGGAAGAAGAGCCAAUGGAUAUGUUUGGCUCACCUAGUGAAAGCAGCCUCGAGGAGAUGGAGGUGGCGAUGUCCAAGAGCAACACCAAAGUGACAAUGAGUGACUUUGAGUACCUGAAGCUGCUUGGCAAGGGGACAUUUGGGAAGGUGAUUCUGGUCAAGGAGAAGUCCACCGGAGUACAUUAUGCCAUGAAAAUACUGCGCAAAGAGGUCAUAAUAGCCAAGGAUGAGGUGGCCCACACAGUUACAGAGAGCAGAGUGUUACAAAACACACGACACCCCUUCCUCACGACACUGAAAUAUGCUUUCCAAACCAAUGAUCGACUCUGUUUUGUAAUGGAAUAUGCCAACGGAGGCGAGCUCUUCUUCCACCUGUCACGGGAACGAGUCUUCACAGAAGACCGGGCACGCUUCUACGGUGCCGAGAUUGUGUCAGCUCUCGAAUACCUGCAUUCACGUGAUGUCGUUUACAGGGAUCUGAAGCUGGAGAAUCUUAUGCUGGACAAAGAUGGCCACAUCAAAAUCACAGAUUUUGGCCUUUGUAAGGAGGGCAUUACUCCAGAUGCUACCAUGAAAACCUUCUGUGGAACUCCUGAAUAUCUAGCACCUGAGGUCCUAGAAGAUAAUGACUACGGCCGGGCAGUGGACUGGUGGGGUCUGGGUGUAGUCAUGUAUGAGAUGAUGUGUGGGCGUCUGCCUUUCUACAACCAGGACCAUGAACGUUUGUUUGAGCUCAUCCUCAUGGAGGAGAUCCGCUUCCCCCGGAACCUGUCGCCCGAGGCCAAGUCCCUGCUGGCUGGCCUGCUCAAGAAGGAUCCCAAACAGAGGUUAGGCGGAGGGCCCAACGAUGCCAAAGAUGUAAUGAGUCACAAAUUUUUCACCAUCAUCAACUGGCAAGAUGUGGUACAGAAGAAGCUCACCCCCCUCUUCAGACCACAAGUGACAUCAGAGACGGACACUCGGUACUUUGAUGAAGAGUUCACAGCGCAGACCAUCACUCUCACUCCACCAGACAAGUAUAAUAGUCUGGACUGUGAGGAUCCUGGCCAGCAAGCACAUUUCCCCCAGUUCUCCUAUUCUGCCAGCAUAAGAGAGUGAUAGCAUCUCAGAUAGACAGACGGAUACACACACACAUACACACACACACACACACACGUGCACGCACAAACAAAAACACAAGAGGCAUGAACACUAUGGCCAGAACGUCCAUCUGUAAUGAGUGUUUAGUCCUGGCAGGAUCUAAGUGCCUCAGCUGGUGGCCAUAUUUCUCUAUAGAAACCCCCUCCAUCCACACUACAGACUAAGUCUGGCCACCCUGGCUGUACUGUAUCAGACUGGACUUCAGUACUUCACAUAAUCAGCACAACUCAACAACACAAUCAGGACUCUGCCUGUAGCACCUCUGGAUGGCCUAUAAACAGCUGCUGCUGCUUUUUCCAGACUGUAAACCAUCUGUAAUUUUUAACAUUGUCCUUUUUAUGGUCUUAUGAGAAGCCAUAUAGCUCUUUAAAUAUGUUUCAAAGUGCUCUUCUUCAGAAUUAGCUGUUACCACUGGUGAUAAGACGUAUAUGAGGGAGGAAGAAGUGUGGCAGUUUGUUGGGUGUUUUUCUGUUAGGUGUGUGUCGAUUUUUUUUUUGUUUGUUUUUAGUGAGUUUUUGUUUCUUUUGUUUGUUGUUUAUUUUUGUCAUUUAUUUUAGUUUGUUAGGGUUAGGUGAGAAAAUGUGGGCAUCCAACCCAAACUCUGUGUUUUUAUACAACACUUACCCAACAUGCAUCAGGAACAACAGAUGAAUUUAUAACACAUGAUGAUCAAAGUGUCUUCAUGGAGAAAAGCUUUACUAAAGCGGAACACAAGAGGCCCACAGAGAGGCUGUCCUUUUUAAACUGUAUGCAAUGAAAACAAGUCACUUGUAUAUGACUUCACCUCAGACUGAUCUUCAUCAAGUGCGACACAGCAAUUAAUGGGAAUUGGGAAUAUGUUAAUGCACAAGGUGUUUGUUAUUUAAACAAUGUUUUGUUUUUUUUUUAAAUUUGAACACGUUUGAUCAUCUUGAUCAGCAAAAUACACACCAGCGAUGUGAUUUAAGAGGCUCAAUAAGCACUCAAUGAUAUAAAGCAGACCUCAUUUUUAUUCAGAUGGCCCAUGUUCAUAAUGUAGCUGAAAGUUUCCUGGAUUGGUGUCACCUCACCAAAUUGUGUCUGUUAUGGAAAUAUAAUGAAUAUGAAAAACUGUCAGAUACUAAAAGUACUGUUGAUUUUUUUUUUUGACUGAAUAGUUUCUACAUUUUGCCAGUUUUAGAUUAUUUAAUUUCAACAACAUUCUUGUAUAGCUUCUAAUGUUUCAACAGCAUCAUUUAACAUUUGAGAACUAUCAUUUUGGUAUCUGUACUGAAACUUAGGUGUUAUACGGGCACCACUAUUGAACGUUUUUUUAAGUAUAACUAGCCCAAGCACCAAACUGAUUUUGUAUCACUUUCAGAGAAGAUGCUAAUAUUGGGAAUGUCACCCUCUUUUUGCAUUCAAAGCUAAUACACUCAUACCUAUGAUAUAUCUUAUCUUUCUAGCCUUCCUGUGAAAGCCGUCUUUCCUCAAACAAUAAAUCACCAUGCUAAACUUAACUUGCUGGAGAUUUCACAAGUUUGAGUCCUCCUGGCCACUGACUAUCCGUCAUCUUUUUUUAAUACUUAGAAUGCUCCAGUGCAUCCAAACUGUUGCUGCUUUUCAGACUUGAACGUACCACUAGAUUUGAUUGAACAGCUAAAAAAAAAAAAAAGAAAAUCCAGCGAGGUGUGUAUAUCAUGAACAUGGUCCAUUGUUAGAUUUUGUUUUUGAGUGCAAUGUGUACUUGGAAAAGGUGUCUUUUUGUUAUUUUCAGUUAUUCCCAUCUGUUAUUAACAACAUUAAAUGGUAACCAGUUGGGGUGCACCGUUGAGAAUUGCAAUGCUGGGUGUUAUACUGUACAUGAAAAUGCACCCAACAUAUUGUUGGUGCUACACUGGUGUGUCACUCAUAAUAAAGAGCUGGAGCAGAAAACUUGCUCAACUUCCCGUUGCUCACAGAGCCUUCUACCGCAUAUGCUGUUUUUAAAUAAUUUCCGUUAUUUUUAUUUUUGUCUUGUUUAUCUUGUAGAUUUACUUCUCAACUUGCUGUUUUCCCUCAUCUUUCCUCUACCCUGAACCUACUUCACAAAUGGUCUCAAAUUAAGGAAAUUCAUAAUCGUUGAAAGAAAUGUAUGUUUUUCAGUUACAUUAUUCUAUUAAACUGUUCAUUUCUACUUGUCUAUGAAUGUAAUUCUGAAAGACAAUGAUUCAAUAUAUCUUUUUAACUGUCUUAAUACA